GCAGCACGAUAACGUUGACAAUUGUCAGGGCAGCACAGUCGAUUUUCAGCAAUCGAAAAUUGUCGUAAUUUACUCGUUAUUUCAUUCGUUAAAUAAAAUUUUCUGGUUUUGACUUCGUGGUUUCCAUUUCUCAUUCUGUAGUUGUGAAAAACUAAAGUUUUCAAGGCUUCGCAAAGCUAAUUGAAUUUUAAAAAUUGUAAUUCCACAUCAAACGGAUAAGAAGCUAAUAUAUUAGAGCGAUUAAAGUGAUAUUGUUCGCUGUAGUAAGCUGUAUAAAAGUUUGCUGAAAUAAUAGGAAAGCGGCGACGUCAUCCGUUGAUGUGCUAGGUCUACUCGCCUACAAGUCUUCACCUCGUUUUUCAAUAAAAAAUACUUCGUGAAUUCACUUUUACAAGCGACGUAAUUUUUUCGGGUAUUUGCAGUUGAAAUCAUGGCUCAGUAAAAAUGUCUCGCAUAAAAAUUAGUAAAGUGCAAAAUACUCCAUCUGGAGAAAUUUUCAUCAACCAAAGCUCGCUGUCGAGAAAUUCCUUUAAUUUCAAUUUGAUUCCCGUCAUUCGCCCAGCUGCUAGCUGCGCCUCAGGCUUCGUAUAUUUUAAUAACAAUGGAGAACAAAAAACAACAACAAAACAAUUUUGCACGCUCCAAAGCGUGUCAACCAACUGAUUCAUCUGUACGAAAAUCAUCUUCGGACUUACAAGUUAAUAAGUGCUUGCCUCGUAAUUCCCGACGUCGAGAACAACCAACAACCACUCGUAACGACUCUCAGCGAAACUCCAAGCAGUACAUUGCAGUCAAGGCUCGUCCUAAUGUCGAUAAACGCCCUCGCCAGCGUGGUAGCGGCGGCAGCGGUCAUAAUGGUGGUGCUAAUGAAUCCAGCAUUAGCGAUGACAGCUUCACAUACGGGAAUGAGGAUGUUUCUGCUUCCAGCGCCGGAUUAGCCAUUGCAUCUGAACCGGUUGUAACCGGUGCCUUGGCCAAAAAAAAGUAUCAGCAUUAUUCUGAUUAUGAAAUGAAUUCUGUGUACAUGCCAGGAAGCAAGAAGCAGAAUUGGAAUCAUCUGCUUAACUUUCAUUACCCUCCGCGUGAUGCUGACAAUGCUUUUAGUUAUAACGUAUUUGGUCGGAAUGGCGGUGGAAGUUCAAAAGGGGUCAUAAAACGUCAAGGAACCAAUAACGGGGUUGUCAAACGCCACCGUUAUAAUAAAGAACAGUUCUUGCAAGCAAAUUUCCAAUUUGUUGUAAAAUCUGAUGUCAAUCUGAGCGUUUUGGCUUCUCCUGAUACGUUGAUUGAUUGGAAUCUUAUUGAACAAAUUAAUAUACAAACUGAAGAAGAACCGCAAUGUCCCAUUUGCUUAUAUCCACCAAUAGCUGCUAAACUAACACGUUGCGGGCACGCCUACUGCUGGCCAUGUAUUUUACACUACUUGGCUCUAAGCGAUAAAACUUGGCGUAAAUGCCCAAUAUGUUAUGAAGCAAUACAUACAGCUGACUUAAAAAGCACAACCAUUGAACAACAACGCCAAUUCCAUAUUGGUGACGAAAUUACUUUUCAUUUGAUGUGCCGCAAAAAAGGAUCCAUGUUGAUAGAGAAAUUUGCUCCAAAUACUCGUCAAAAUAUGGCUGACAAUUAUCCACAAAUUUCAAGCGAUGAUGAAUCAAAACUUUUUUCAAAGUUUUUAAUUGCCAAAAGAAAUGAUAUUUUAAAAAUAAUAGAUCGGGAGCGACAUGAAUUAAUAGAUGGACAAGACCCUUCAAGUCCAGAAUACGUAUUCAUACAACAAGCUUUAGAUUUGCAAAAUGAACGACGUAAGAAAAUUGAAGAAAUGAAAGAAGACAAACAAGAUGUUAAUUUUACUAAAUUUCAACACAAAGAAAACGAAAAAAAUGUAGUACACAACACCUUAGACAUAGAAAAUGCCGAAAGCUUACCAGAGGAUAAUGACGCUACAUGCACUGAUAGGAGCAGCAUUAGUCAUGACGAUAAUUUAUUGAAUACGAGCAAUUUGACCUUAUCAACAUUCGGAAGGGAAGAAGCUAAUGCGAAAUAUUAUUAUUUUUAUCAGUCUAUAGACGGACAAAAUAUUUUCUUACACCCUUUAAAUGUAAAAAUGUUGCAAGAAUGUUAUGGCGAUUUGGAACAUGCUCCACUAGCAAUAAGUGCAAGAGUAUUGCAAAAGGAGUAUCACUCCAUGGAUGAAGAUCAUCGCCGCAUAUUCACUUGCCUAGGUCAUUUACCUUUAACUUGUCAAUUCGCCGUGAUCGAGGUAGAUUUGCAACCACCUUAUGUUUCUGACGAUAUUUUAAAACUAUUCAAAGAGCGUAUAACUAAGCGUAAGAAUCAACGACAGCGUCGCGAGCGUGAAGAAAGUCGUCGUGAAAAGCAAAUAAAUGAAAUUAAUGACCGUCAAAUGGGCAAACUUAUUGCCAGCACGGCAAAUUUGAACUUAACAUCCGCACAAGAGUUCCCAACGUGGGGUUUUGAAGAAGCCCUUCCCAGCAGCAGAGCCAAUAUGGAAAUGUCAACCAGCAAUCCAACUCUUAUACCAAAAGCAAGGACACAAACAUCAUACUCAACUGUUGCUGUUAUUGGUGAAUCGCCAAAGAACCUAAGAGAAUACUGGCCAACAUUAUCUGCGCCCAGUGGAAAUAAUAAUAACAUGUACCAGGAAUUGUCGACAUGGGGUAAAAGUGUACCCACUGCAAAAUCGAUAGCUGUCAAUAGUCAAGACCAUACAAUGAGAUGUGAUCGUUCUAGUGAAUGUGAUUCACUUGACGAUUCCUUAACUGAUAAUAUUGGAUUUACAACACCAAUGCGCACCGACUUAGGUGAUGUUCUUGCUAUGGCUAUAUCACAAAAGAAACAAUCUAGCACAGCAGCGAAUACUGUACAUGCUGCAGCGGCUGGCGGUAAAAAGAAUAAGAAGGCUAAAAAAAUGACACCACUCUUCUCCACUGGCAUAAAUUAUUCCGGAAAAUAAAAUAAAAAAAAAAAAACAAAUCACAUGGCGCAAAAGUAAAAUUAACUCAUAAAUGACAAUUUCUUAUUUCUAUGUUUGUUUAUUGAAAAAAAAAAAGAAAGUCGAAUUAUAUAAAAUAUUUUAUGUUCAUGACUGCACCAAUUUCAAAAUUAUGUAUGUAUAUGUCGAUAAUUAUAAUUUAUUUAAAGCUAUUUUUUUAUUUGGUAAUAUGAAGAAAGUACUUCAACGUAAUUAUGUUUGAAUUAAUUAACUGAACUAUGUACUGUGAAGUUUUUUGUUUCGAAUUGUAAACUAAAACUUAUUUGUAAAUUGAAAUAAAAAUUCACAGCUACAACAUUGUAGAAAAGUACUUGAGAAUUAUUAUGUUUUGAAUGAAUUAACUGAACGGAAAUUAUGUUAUGUAAAUAAAUUUUAUUUUGAAUUGUGAACUAUAAUAGUAUUUGUAGAUGAAUUCAAAAUUAUCAGCUACAACUAAGAUACCACAAAAUUGUUUGUUUGUUGUACUGCGCCCUUUACGUGAAUAAAAAUUGAUAUUUUGAAAUGCA